CCCGCUCUCCACCACCAUCAUGGGCUGCGUGUCGCGGUCGGUAGAAAUCGCCUCAUUCCGCGCGUAGUGUUCCGACAAUAGCGCCGUCAGGAGUGACUCUGAAAUUCCUUAUAGUCGCAGCCUGGCCGCGACGACUUGGUGAUCCAGGUGGGACCUUGUGGAGUUGCGCCAGCUGCCGUUUCCGCGAGCACUGACUGAUACAUGCUCACCGCCGCCUUUUAGGCCCAGGACACAAGUACCAUUCUCACCGCAACGCAGCCUCAAGGUCACACAAAACCCCUCUUGCCGCGCGCUGUGCAGCUGCUGCAGGAACACAACGCCCUAAGACGUCACCAUGGCCGUCGGACUCGGAGAGACUAUCACUGUCAUCAACAAGAGCGGAAAGGUCGUGAGCAGUAGCAAGCACAUUGUCAACGUCUUCAAGGAGGCCAAGGCCGCCUACCGCGAGCGCAAGGCGGAGAUCAAGGCGGAGCGCGAUGCCGCCGUGAAGGAGAAGGAGCUCGCCAAGGGCGUCAAGGCCAUCCGCCUGGAUGACGACGACGCCCGCUCCCAGGUCUCGCAUCGCUCCAAGGCGUCCAAAGCCCACACACAUCGCUCCAAGGCGCACCAUGACCGGCCCGCCAUGGAGCGCGGCUACAGCGACAGCUUCUAUGCCAACGACAGCCCGCGGAGCAGCAAACACCGCUUUGAAGCCGACCUCGCCGGCGACGCACACAACAAGGAGAUUGCGAGGAGGAAUUCCGACCAGGCCGUCCAGCGCUCAUCGCAAAGCAGCAAGUCGCGAUCCAAGUCAGUCGACAUGGACCUUUGCUACGGCGACGUGCCCCCGCCCCUGCCCGACAAGAAGUACAACGACGUCGAGCUGAAAGAGAAGGCUUCCAAGAUCGAGUUGCUCUUGGACGAGGCCAACUGCUUACAACACACGGCCACAGCCAUGAUCGAGAACCUGCAGAAGAACCCCGAAGCGCUUGCCGCUGUAUCACUCACACUCGCCGAGAUCAGUGCUAUCGUCGGCAAGAUGGGACCUGGUGUCCUUAUGACGCUCAAGGGCAGCUUCCCCGCAGUUGCAGCUCUGCUCCUCAGCCCCCAGUUCAUGAUCGCUGGAGGUGUCGCUGUUGGUGUCACCAUCGUCGCACUCGGUGGAUACAAGAUCAUCAAGAAGAUGCAAGUCCAGAAGGAAGUCGACGCACCCCUGCCCGAGCCGCAAAUGGCGAUACCCAUGCGUGCCGCUACCAUGCCCAUCGAAGACUCCAACAACCAGCUCGACGAGCUCGAGCCCCAGGAGCUCAGCCGUGUAGAGAUGUGGCGCCGCGGCAUCGCAGACGUCGAGGCCAACAGCUCCGGCACCAGCGUUGAUGGCGAAUUCAUCACACCCGAAGCCUCCCGUACCCUUUGCGCCGCCGGCGUACUUGACGAAGACGACCUCAAAUCUCGCCGCAGCACCCGAUCCAAGAAGCACAGCAGCGAAUCAAAACACAAGCACCACCGCGCACCAAAGUCUGAAGUCAGCGUCAAGACCAGCAAGACCUCCGACUCAAAACGUCCCUCCAGCAAGGUUGCCUCAAGUAAAGUCGCUUCAAGCAAAGUCGCCUCCAGCAAAUCCGGCAAGGAGAGCAGCAAAGAAAGCAGCAAAGAAAGUAGCAAGACUAAGAAGAAGGAGAAAGAACCUUCUGGCCUCAAGAUGUUGUUCCGCGCCCACACCGUCGCCGUCUAAUCCCCCACGGCCCCCAACCAAAUCUCCUCUAUCAUAGCGUUUGGCGUUUCCUUCGUCCUCAUCAUCCUUUAUCAUCGUACAUCAGCAUUUAGCGUUGCUUUGCUUCCUCACGUUUAUACCAUCUAGACGACAUUACAUGGGCAUAUCAAGAUCCCGUCGUUGGCCGCUUGCUUGCUUGCUUUGGAGUCUUCUGGGUUCGUUCGGCGCAGGGGCGAACAUUAUGGGUCAUGACUAUCGCGAGUACUACGAAGAUCCUUUUCAUGCUGCUUUCAUGUAACGCAUACGUAUCAAUUACACAUUUACGGACUCGAGAACGAAUUAAUUAUGUUAACAGU